AAAGUAAACCCAUUACUCCGAUUGAGAUGAAGUGCCUCCUGGUGACGAUAGCCUGUUUGAUCACGUGCUCCAGUGUGGGUGCCCUCGUGCACUAUAUGAAACUGGAAAAAGGAAAGAACGGAUGCAAAUCGCCCAAGGGUACAGAGAUGGCUGUGGGUGCUGUUGAGCAGGAUGAAAAGACUUGUGGAGCUCUUACUUGUCAAAAUACGGAAGGGGAUGCCUUCAUCCACUACUGUCAGAUACCUGCCUCUUUUGCGGAAUGUGUGGAGACCGCUGUUCUGACGGACGUUGACUUUCCACAAUGCUGUUGGACUUGUGCCGAUUGGGCGGACUGCGAUGGAGAAGAACCUGGACCAGGGGAUGAAGCUCCUGCUGCCGACGGAGCUGCUGACGCACCACCUCCUGCUGCAAGAACCCAUGCAAGAAAUUCUAAGUACCAGGCAACUACAACUGAUACUACAGAAAGUGAAAGGCCACGCAGCAAAGGAAAAUGGGGUUCCAAGAGGAGCACUACCACAUCCGAUGAAUCCGAAUUUCCCGAGGGAAUCAAUAUAAGGUUUGGCGGUGGAACACCGAUCUCCAAGUUUGGCGAAGACAGCAUUUAAGCUCAGAUGCCGGCAUAUGUUUUGAGGAGCAUCCCUAGUUAUUAAUUUAAUGCUCGAUUCCGAUCGUAAAUAAAUGACACGGCAAUGUGCACUUCAUUUGUCUCCUCGC